ACUAGCUAGAGCUAGAGCUUUUGUAGACUCACAGUACUGGUUCUGGUUGAACGUAGUGCAUUUUUUUCAGCUUUAAACUAGAGCAAUUCUGUAAUUUUACUAAUUAUUUAUGUAUAAAAACUGAAUAAACUCGACAAAUAGAGUGUUACAGAUCAAAAAUGUCAACGGGAAGAUUUCUAUUUGUGUCUUGGCCACCAGAAUUACUAUCUUUGUUUGCCAAGAUUUGUGUAAAAGCUUUGUGUAAAAGCCAGAGGUAUAAACAAACACUAUAGAGGAUUGUUUUUUCUUGAAAAAUAAAUCAAAAUGAAUCCUCUGACAAAUGUGAAGAAUAUAACUAAGCUGAAUGAAAUUGAACUAUCAAAAGGGACAACUGACAAAAAAUCAUGGCACGACAUCUAUAAAGACAGUGCUUGGAUUUUUAUAGGGGGCUUAGCAUAUGGAUUGACUGAGGGAGAUGUUUUAGCUGUAUUUUCUCAGUAUGGCGAAAUUGUAAAUAUCAACCUUGUUCGAGAUAAGAAAACUGGAAAAAUUAAGGGCUUUUGCUUUCUUUGUUAUGCAAAUCAAAAGAGUACAGUUUUGGCCGUAGAUAACUUUAAUGGCAUCAAACUACUCAACAGAACAAUAAGAGUUGACCAUGUUUCAAAUUACAAGCCACCUAAAGAUAAUGAGCAUGAUGAUGAAUUAACAAAACAACUGAAGUCAGAGGGCUGUGCGCCAAAGCUUAUAAAACACGAAACUUCACCUGUUCCAGUGGCAUCUUCAAAAAAGAAAAAAUCUAAAAAGGAGAAAAAGAAGCAUAAGAAAGAUAAAAAGGAGGCAGGUGUAAAAUCCCUUCACAAAAAACCAAAAAUUAAAAAAGAGAAGCAUGAUCCGGGAUAUGAUAAAUAUGAGUUGCCUCAAAUCAGUUCUAAGCAAUCUAGUAAAUCAAAGAAAAGUAGAACUAGUGAUAGUGAAUCAUCUACUUCUGGAGAAUCUUCUGAUGAAAGCUUUGUGAAUGAAAAGAGUCAGUCUAAAGAAAAAGCAGAAAAAUUACAUAGCAGAACUCUAGCCAGUGACUUUACUGUACACAAUAAAGAUGCUGGUGAUAAAUAUAGCUCCAGCCGAAAACGUAAUUUGAAAGAAUCAGAAAGUGACUCUGAUGAUAAUUAUGUGAAGCAGAAAAAAUCUAAGGCAUCCCAUAACAAAGAUGAAAACAGACUUUCCUCUGAUGUUCAAUAUAAUAAGCACAGAUCUCAGCAUCGGCACAAGUCUGACUCUUCCGCCUGUUCAUCUCCAGAUGAUGGUAGAAGGACAAAUGUUCGAAAAGCCUCAAGCUAUGAACGACAUGACACUUCUCAUUCUAAUUCCUCCAGGAAUACAUACAUGUCUGAAAAUAGAAUAAAAGGUGCUGUACGCCUGCGUCAUGAUAGCUCCAAUAGUGAAGAAGCUCAUCAGUCCAACUCUCGAUCAAGAGAAAAUAACACCAAGAAUCAAGACUCACUUUCGAGAGAUCGAUCUAGAGAGAUAGACACCACAAAAUAUUCUAGACAUGAGAACUCUCAGUAUCAAGAUUAUGGUCAAAGAGAUACAAGAAACAAUAGAAGUGAUCGAGAGUAUAAUGGUGACCGCAGUAGUACUUAUAAUCGAGGUGAUCGCAGAAAUACUGAUGUUGAAGAUCAUAGUAGGAAUAAUUAUCCAUCAGAUCGCUGGAGUAAUGAUUCUAAAAAUAACCGUAUGCAUUAUGAUGAGCAAAAUAAUCCCAGAAAACGUAUUGAUCAAAAAGAUCGCAAGAGUUAUGAGUAUAAAAACGAUAGUGAAAAUUCUAACAGAGACUCGUCUAAGUAUUCGAGAAGUGUCCGAAAUAUUAAGUCUUCCUCGACUGAAAGAGAGGACAAACAUUAUUCCAAACAUAGAGAUAGAGAUGAUUAUAGAAAAGAUUCAUAUGAUAAAAAGAAGAGAUAAUUUUUUUAUUGUUGUAUUAUAUUGUUUUUUAAUUAAAUAACAGAACAUAUUUAUAAAAGUGUUUUUACUGUCAACGAAAAAUUGAUAUUUUCUUUUGUAUGAGGCAUCCAAACCAGGACCGAGGAGUUGAGUUAAAGAAAAGUACCAUGGCCGUGGUGCUGAUUGAUUAAUUGAAAGUUAGAUUUAUAGAUUAAAGGAAGAUAAAGAGUCUUAAAAGUUAUCUUGACAAAUAUUUACAGCUCUCUAUAUCUUGAAAACUUUGCUAUGUCAAAAAAAUAUUUUUCUCCUUGGCAUUAUAUAUCCACCUAAUGUUAAUUUUAAUUCCUAUGUCGAAGGGUUUCUUCUCAAAACCUCGUUUUGUCGAAUUUUUUUCGAAAAAAUCUUAAUGUAAAUUCCAUUGUAAGUCAAUUCUUUUCCAUUUAAUGCAUAAUUAUUUUUGGCUUACUUUUAAAAAUAAAACUAUAAUUGUUGUA